CAGUAGAACCAAACCCGAUACUUACCGUUUAUGACGUCAUUUACAUUAUUUCAGACUAGCGCGUGGACGUGCGUCGCUUUGUUACAUGUGUAUUGAAUCCACGUGGUAUGUGUAACGAGUGGGUGGCGUGAUAACAGCUUGCAUCCACGGUCAGUCAACAGGCUGAGGGCAGAGACGCUCCGGACUUCUGGCCGAACCGGGCUCCGGCUACUUCCUGCAUCACACUUCCACUAACGCGCACAGGUACCAUGUCGGAGCGAGUGCUGGUGGUCGGGAGCGGCGGGCGGGAGCACGCGCUGGCCUGGAAGCUGGCCCAGUCCCCGCACGUACAACAGGUCCUGGUGGCUCCGGGCAACGCUGGCACCGCCGGCUGUGGGAAGAUCAGCAAUUCUGAGGUGUCGGUCAGCAAUCACACCAUCUUGGCCCAGUUCUGUAAGGAUCACCAUGUGGGCCUGGUUGUUGUUGGGCCCGAGGUGCCGCUGGCAGCGGGCAUUGUGGACGACCUGACGGACGCCGGAGUGCCGUGUUUCGGACCCUCUGCCAAAGCGGCUCAGUUGGAGGCGAGCAAAAGGUUUUCCAAGGAGUUCAUGGAGCGCCACGGCAUCCCUACGGCUCGAUACGGUGCCUUCACGGACCCCCAGGAGGCCUGCGCCUACAUCCGCACGGCCGACUUUCCUGCACUGGUGGUGAAGGCCAGUGGUCUGGCAGCGGGGAAGGGAGUGAUCGUGGCGAGGGACCAGGACGAGGCUUGUCAGGCUGUGAUGGACAUCAUGAAGGACAAAGCGUUCGGGGCUGCGGGGGAGACUGUGGUGGUGGAGGAGCUUCUCGAAGGAGAGGAGGUUUCUUGUCUGUGCUUCAGCGACGGCUCCUCCGUGGCGCCGAUGCCUCCAGCACAAGAUCACAAGCGACUGCAGGACGGUGAUCUGGGACCCAACACUGGCGGCAUGGGGGCCUACUGCCCCACCCCCCAGGUGAGUCAGGAGCUGCUGCAGCAGAUCAGAGAGAUGGUGCUUCAGAAAACUGUGGACGGGAUGAGGGAGGAGGGAGCUCCUUAUCUGGGCGUGCUGUACGCAGGCCUGAUGCUGACAAAACAGGGGCCCAAGGUGCUCGAGUUCAACUGUCGCUUCGGAGAUCCUGAGUGUCAGGUGCUACUUCCGCUCCUGAAGAGCGACCUGUACGAUGUGAUAUUGAACACCAUGAAGGGCAGACUGGCCUCCGACCCCCCCGUGUGGCACCAGGACAGCUCUGCAGUCACUGUGGUCAUGGCCAGCGCUGGUUACCCUGGUUCCUACGAGAAAGGAGUGAACAUCACAGGUUUGGCCCAGGUUGAGGACAUGGGCGUGCAGGUUUUCCACGCUGGCACAGCUCUAAAGGAAGGAGGCGUCGUCUCCAGCGGCGGCCGGGUCCUCACCGUCACCGCCGUCAGGUCGUCCCUGGAGGCCGCUCUGCAGGCAGCCAAUGGCGGCGUGGCAGCCGUCGGCUUCGCCGGCGCCGUGUACCGGCGCGAUAUCGGCCACCGGGCCAUCGCCCACCUCAGCAGACACAGCGGUCUGACCUAUAAGGACAGCGGUGUGGACGUAGCUGCUGGUAAUAAGCUGGUGGAGAUGAUCAAGCCUCUGGCCAAGGCAACCUCUCGUGCUGGGUGCACUGCAGAACUCGGAGGCUUUGCUGGGCUGUUUGACCUGAAGGCUGCAGGCUUUGUUGACCCCAUACUCGUAUCUGGGACAGACGGAGUUGGGACCAAGCUCAAGAUUGCGCAGGCGUGCGGGCAGCACACUGGACUGGGCCAGGACCUGGUGGCCAUGUGCGUCAAUGAUGUACUGGCCCACGGUGCCGAGCCACUGUUCUUCCUCGACUACUUCUCCUGCGGCAGCCUGGACGUGGACGUGGCUGCCUCGGUGGUUGGGGGCAUCGCUAAGGCCUGCGAGGUGGCUGGUUGCGCUCUGCUAGGUGGUGAGACGGCGGAGAUGCCGGGGGUCUAUGCUCCAGGCGAGUAUGACCUCGCUGGGUUCUGCGUUGGGGCAGCGGAGCGGGGAAACCUGCUGCCCCGGCUGGGGGACAUCACUGAGGGGGACCUGCUGAUCGGAGUGGCCUCCUCUGGAGUCCACAGCAACGGUUUCAGUCUGGUCCGCAAAGUCAUGGAGAAGGCCGGUGUCCGACACAGCUGUGCUGCUCCCUUUGUCCAGCCGGAGCAGACGUUUGGGGAGGUUUUAUUGACCCCAACAAAGAUCUACAGUCGUCUGCUCCUGCCGGUCCUGCGCAGCGGCGCCGUUAAAGCCUACGCUCACAUCACAGGGGGUGGGCUGCUGGAGAACAUCCCCCGGGUGGUGCCUCAGCAGCUGGCAGUGGAUUUAGAUGCCUCUCGCUGGAGCAUCCCUCCUGUGUUUUCCUGGCUCUACAAGGAGGGCGGGCUGAGCGAGGAGGAGAUGGCCCGGACCUUCAACUGCGGUCUGGGUGCAGUGUUGGUGGUUGCCCCUCUAGAUGCUCAAAGGGUCCUGCGCCAGCUUCAAGCCAGUGAGGAGGCCUGGAUUGUGGGGUCAGUGGCACACAAGCAGCCAGGGGCAGAACCUGUAGUCGUCCGUAACCUGAAACACAGCCUGCUCAAUAAAGGACCAGUAUCGACUGCAGAGUCAGAGAUGGAAGGAAAUGGUUGUUGCCAUGGCAAUGGCGUCACACCGCACAAGAGGACCAAAGUUGCUGUUCUCAUCUCUGGCACAGGCACCAACCUGCAGGCGCUAAUAGAUCAGACCAAACGUCCGUCCAGCUCAGCAGAGAUCGUGGUCGUCAUCUCCAACAGACCUGGAGUCCAGGGCCUAAAGAGAGCGUCCCUGGCUGGCAUCCAGACACGGGUGGUGGACCACAAACUUUACGGGAGCCGAGCAGAGUUUGACAGCACCAUUGAUCGUGUGCUGGAGGAGUUUGGGGUGGAGCUGGUUUGUCUGGCUGGAUUCAUGAGGAUCCUCACAGGAACCUUUGUCAAGAAAUGGACCGGAAAACUACUGAACAUCCAUCCGUCGCUGCUGCCCUCAUUUAAAGGCGUGAAUGCCCAGAAGCAGGCCCUGCAGGCUGGGGUGCGGGUUUCUGGCUGCACGGUCCACUUUGUAGCAGAGGAGGUUGAUGCAGGAGCCAUUGUGGUACAGGAGGCGGUGCCUGUCCUGGGCAGCGACACUGAGGAGAGUCUGUCGGACAGAAUCAGAGAGGCGGAGCAUCGCGCCUUCCCUGCUGCUCUGGAGCUCGUAGCCAGCGGCACAGUCAGGCUUGGAGACGACGGAAGCAUCACAUGGAAAUCCCAGAGUUAAAGAGUGUAAUGUUUUUUCCUGCUGAAAAGGUGCUGCUGUUCACAGGAUACACGAGGCCAAUGCUAUGGUUACUUCAUGUAUUUGAUAUUCCAAAUUGGUAGCAUUCCCUGUGUUAGAAUAGCAUUACUCUAAACUAGUUACAUUCCAGUUGUGCCUAAAACUGAAAGCAUGAUGAUCCUGUCUGUCUGUUUCAUUAAUAAAGCUGCUUGGUGAUUUGCA